AACUGUUUAGUUGGGCCACAACUCUCUAUUGGAAACAUUUCGGGCCGGAGUUAUAUAAAUUGGCCUAGGGUUUUUAUAUCAUCUCCUGCCGUCUACUGAAUAUCACCACUGCAAGAGGUAAAGAAGGUAGAGUCGCCGUCGCCGUACUUUGUACCGGAUAUCUAGAAGAUGGCGUAUGCAGCGAUGAAACCAACAAAGCCAGGGCUAGAAGAGCCUCAAGAACAGAUUCACAAGAUUAGGAUCACUCUUUCCUCCAAGAAUGUUAAGAAUCUUGAAAAGGUGUGUGCUGAUUUGGUUCGUGGUGCAAAGGACAAGAAGUUGAGAGUUAAGGGACCAGUUAGAAUGCCCACCAAGGUUCUUAAUAUCACAACCAGGAAGUCUCCUUGUGGUGAAGGAACAAACACAUGGGACAGAUUUGAGCUUCGAGUUCACAAACGUGUGAUUGAUCUUUUCAGCUCACCUGAUGUUGUGAAGCAAAUCACCUCCAUCACCAUUGAACCUGGUGUUGAGGUUGAGGUCACCAUUGCUGAUUCUUAGAUUGCUGAGUGUUGUUUGACUUGCCCUAUACAUUUACUAUGUUUUAUCUUUUGGGUAAGAUUUCAUGUAGGAUUAAAUACUUUUUGCAAUUUUGGAAGUAUUUCAAAUGAAGAUAUUCAGAGUUAUGUUUAUCUUUAAUCUAUUGUAUUUUUAUCAACUUAGUGCAUUUCAAGGUUCAUGCCCA